CAGAAUGGUUCCUCUGUACCACCACUGACGCACUGUGUAUGAUUAUCAGUUGUGAGCUGCUGCUGAAAACUAGCGUAAAAUCGGUAAGCAUCGAAAUACAUUAAAUACGGAGGCUACUGGGAGAAACCCUUCCGUCACGCUGUCGAACAGCAAAAAUGGCCACCAGUGCUAAGAAGCCGUCCCUGGGGGCCGUGGCCCAGCGUAAGAAGGCCAGUCCUAAACCGGAGCUCACGGAGGAGCUGCGGCAGGAGAUCAGAGAGGCCUUCGAGCUCUUCGACACCGAUGGAUCGGGCCACAUUGACGUCAAGGAGCUCAAGGUUGCCAUGAGAGCACUGGGGUUCGAACCGAAAAAAGAGGAGAUAAAAAGGAUGACCAAUGAGGUCGACAAGGAAGGCACCGGCAAGAUUGACUUCAACAACUUCCUGACUGUUAUGACACAGAAAAUGGCAGAGAAGGACUCCAAGGAGGAGAUCCUCAAAGCCUUCCGUCUCUUUGACGAUGACGAGACGGGGAAGAUCUCCUUUCGCAACCUGAAGCGGGUGGCCAAGGAGCUGGGGGAGAACCUGACAGACGAGGAGCUGCAGGAGAUGAUUGAUGAGGCUGACCGGGACGGGGACGGGGAGGUGAACCAGCAGGAGUUCCUGCGUAUCAUGAAGAAGACCAGCCUGUAUUGAGAGUGGGCUGGACCCGGACUGGUGGGGGAGAGGGGCGGUUCCCGAAAUGACUGUACAUACCCACUCUGCUGCAGGCCAAAUGACAGCUCUCAUCACUCUUGCUUGUCAGAGUAUUCAGAGACACGGCUUACAGUACAAGAAUGCCCUCCAUGGCGCUCCCUCCCACCCUGCUGUCCUCUUGAAGUGUUUAGGUCACGCGAUGUCAAAUAGUGAUCAUGUGAUGGUGUGGAAGCCUUCAUGUAAGCUAAGGGGGGGGGGGUGUCAUCAGUUGGUAGAGCAGUGUGAGAGAGAGCGCUUUGGAAUGCAGCCUAUGCCUUUAUCCUACUAAACAUGAGGAUUCAGCAGAGGCACCCUCAUGUUUUUGGACCUACUUGACUUUGGAAUGCAUUUCAUAAAAAAUAAGAUUUCAAAAGAUUGAGUAUUUGUUACACAUACAUACAUACAUACAUGCACACAGUGAUCAUAUCAAGUGCCAAAAUCUGCAUUAUUCUGUAGUCAGAGACAUUCCAAGAUGGUGUUUUGUUAACCUUCUUUCACAAAUGCCUAGUGUCACCUGGUCCUUCAUACACUUCUCUGACUCCAGGGGGUUUUGUGCCAAAGGUCUGAAGUGCCAAGGUAUAUUGAAAAAGGAGGUCUGGUUAAUAGUGUGGUUAAACCUGUAAAAACAGUGAAGUACUUCCCAUUUAAGCCCUCAGACCCCUGCCCCUCUCCCCAUUUUUCCUACAAUUUAACACUGCUGUGGCUCUGCCCUGAACAAUACAGAAAGCACCAUGUAUUUUAACCUGUUCUGUGGCGGGAGUGUUCAUGUGAACUAUCGCACAAUGCUUAAAUGUCCAUGGCAAUGGCAAUGGCAGUGUGCUGGGGGGGGGGGGGGGGGGUCUGUUGCUCCAGUUUGACCUGGUCUUUGUGCCUGAGCCUCAGUAGAGUGGCAUGCGUUUGUAUCAGGGACAGCCCUGGCCUUCUCCACACUGCCAGUCCUCCUGUGUCAUUGUCAGCUGUAUCUGAAGUAAUCUUGUGGCCAGUUUUUUCCCCAACUAGUAUUUGUUUUUUUUGUCUAUCUUUGCUCUUGUGUAUUGAAUGUUUUGUACAAAUGGACUGAAUAUUAUAUUUAAAUAUCAAAGUACUGAAUAAAGGACUCCA